AUGGCGUCGAACAAAAAGCCCUUUUCGUUCCAGGAGGCCAUCGAGGUCAUAGAGAAGAAGGCCAGUCGCAAAGGACUAGAGCAACACUUAUGCAGUCAACUCCAUGCUGUAACUAUGGCGUUAGCACAGCGGCCAAAGUCUUUCUACUUAGCAAACUUCCAUUGCUUACUCUGCCGCAUGAUCUGGACAAACUGUUUUGCCGAUGAGAAAUAUCCAUGGUCAGAGGACUCUCUCGUCAACUUCAUAGCCACUAGCAACCUUCGUGAGCGAGUAGACCCAAAAGCAAUGCGUGCAGCGGCAGACGCAGCCAGGAUCGAUCAGAACUUGAAGCUAGCCUUGGAGAUAAUCCGCACCAACAAAGUACCCCAGUCGGUAAACCCAAAGCUCGUGCUUGGGGAAGGGUCCAAGAGGGCCCACGAGAAGUUCACAAAGCCACCAACCAAGUCUCCGACCAACAAGAACAAUCUAAGAUCCGAGAUCCGAAGCCUUGUGGUCGACGUUCACGGAGUACGAGCCACUCCGGUAUCACAACCCGCCCAAAUUGAAGGCAUCUUAUCUCGACUUACCGCUAUCGAGCAGCGCCUAGGUAUGGGUUCAGGGUCCCUCAAAUCAUUAUAG